AUGACAAAAUUUAUUUUUCAUUCCAUCUUUUUCAGGAAAUUUCUAUCUCCACAUUUUCGCCAGCCUCCUUUUUUCUACACGCCUCCACUUUUUUCUUCUUCUUUUUCAUCUCCAUCUUUUUCUUCUUUUCUGACGGACCACCUUUUUCUUCUUUUUUUAUCACAUUUUUUCUUCUUCUUUUCUAUCGCCAUCUUUUUUUCAGAGUUUUUUCUAUCUCCAUCUCUUUUUUCUUUAAAUUUUUCUAUUCUUUUUUUCUUUUUUUUUCUUCUUUUACAACAUCUUUUUCUUCUUUUUCGCAAGAGAGAGAGAUCUCCAUUUUUUUUUUCUUCUUCAUUUCUAUUCCAUCUUUUUUCUUCUUCUUUUUCUAUUCCACCUUUUCUUCUUCUUCUUUUUCUAUCUCCAUCUUUUUUUUUAUUCUUUUCUAUCGCCAUCUUUUUCUUCUUUUUUUCUAUCUCCAUAUUUUUCUUCUUCUUUUCUAUCUCCAUCUUUUUCUUCUUCAUUUCUAUCUCCACCUUUUUCUUCUUCUUCUUUUCUAUCUCCAUCUUUUUCUUCUUCUUUUCUAUCUCCAUCUUUUUCUUCUUCUUUUCUAUCUCCACCUUUUUCUUCUUCUUUUCUAUCUCCAUCUUUUUCUUCUUCUUUUCUAUCUCCAUCUUUUUCUUCUUCUUUUCUAUCUCCAUCUUUUUCUUCUUCUUUUCUAUCGCCAUCUUUUUCUUCUUCUUUUUUAUCUCCAUCUUUUUCUUCUUCUUUUCUAUCUCCACCUUUUUCUUCUUCUUUUCUAUCUCCAUCUUUUUCUUCUUCAUUUCUAUCUCCAUCUUUUUCUUCUUCUUUUUUAUCUCCAUCUUUUUCUUCUUCUUUUCUAUCUCCAUCUUUUUCUUCUUCUUUUCUAUCUCCACCUUUUUCUUCUUCUUUUCUAUCUCCAUCUUUUUCUUCUUCUUUUCUAUCUCCACCUUUUUCUUCUUCUUUUCUAUCUCCAUCUUUUUCUUCUUCUUUUCUAUCUCCACAUUUUUCUUCUUCUUCUUUUCUAUCGCCAUCUUUUUCUUCUUCUUUUUUCUAUCUCCAUCUUUUUCUUCUUCUUUUUCUAUCUCCAUCUUUUUUCUUCUUUUUCUAUCUCCAUCUUUUUUCUUCUUUUCUAUCGCCAUCUUUUUCUUCUCCACCCAUUUUUUUUUCUUCUUUUCUAUCUCCAUCUUUUUUCUUUUUUCUUUUUUUUCUAUCUCCAUCUUUUUCUUCUUCUUUUCUAUCUCCACCUUUUUCUUUUCUUUCUAUCUCCAUCCUUUUCUUCUUCUUUUCUAUCGCCAUCUUUUCUUCUUCUUUUUAUCUCCAUCUUUUUUUCUUCUUUUUCUAUCUCCACCUUUUUCUUUUCUUCAUUACUAUCUCCAUCUUUUUUCUUCUUCUUUUCUAUCUCCAUCUUUUUCUUCUUCAUUUCUAUCUCCAUCUUUUUCUUCUUUUUCUAUCUCCAUUUUCUUUUUCUUUUCUUCGCCAUUUUUUCUUUUCUUUCUAUCGCCAUCUUUUUCUUCUUUCUUUUUUUCUUCUUCUUUUCUAUCUCCAUCUUUUUUUAUCUUCUUUUCUUCUUCUAUCUCCACCUUUUUUCUUCUUCAUUUUUCUAUCGCCAUCUUUUUCUUCUUCUUUUCUUCAUCGAAAUCUUUUUUCUUCUUUUUCUUCUAUCUCCAUUUUUCUUUUUCUUCUUCUUUUCUAUCGCCAUCUUUUUCUUCUUCUUUUCUAUCGCCAUCUUUUUCUUCUUCUUUUCUAUCGCCAUCUUUUUCUUCUUCUCUGCUCUCUUUUUUCCUCCCUCAUCAUGGCUAUAUCAUUUUUGAUUUCUUAAUACUACGAUGUGCGUACAGAGCACCAGAAUGUCUGCUUACAGAAGGGUAUUACUCACACAAAAUGGAUAUCUGGAGCAUUGGCUGCGUCUUUUUUGAAAUUCUCAGCCUGCAUCCAUUAUUUCCCGGCGCAAAUGAAGUCGACCAAAUCACAAAGAUUCACGAUGUUAUCGGAACUCCUGACAGCCGAAUCUUGUCAAAGAUAAUGAAAUCUUCGCGCGGAAUAAACUACAAUUUCCCGCCAAAACGUGGAACGGGAAUUGAAAAGUUGGUGCCACACGCAUCUCAAGAGGCUGUCAGUCUUAUGCAAUGUCUGUGUACUUAUGACCCUGAUGUGAGGAUGACUGCAAAACAAGCUCUGAAGCAUCCUUUUUUUAGGGAAUAUUGGGAGUCGGAAGACGAAAUCAAGAUUGAGAAGCAAUCGAAGACGUCUGAUGAUUUAAGUGUUGUUUGCCACGGUCAGGAAAUGAACAUGCUACCUAAGAUAAUGGACAAAAGCAAGAAAGAUCCUGAGACCAAAUUCUCUGUGAUAAGAAACUUACCGAAGGCCCAAUCACUCCCCACCCACCUUCGUCAUCACAAAGAAAAGCGAAAGAGAAAGCACAAAAAAACGCAAGAAAAUCCUGAUUUCGUUACCCACACAGGUCUUCUGCCAAGACUGAAUGUGCACUCAACAUCAGUCGGUCCGCUAUCAAGAAUAUAUCCGAAUGCUUUCAAUUCAAAUGCAAAGUUCAAUCCAAGCGGAAGCUUGACUCUUCUGCCAAAUUUACCUCAAGUCAACCAAUUCCAAAAGCCAUCAAAACCGUCAAGAAAGAAUCUCUACCGGCAUUAUCAACUGGCACCGUUAUUAAAUCAUGGCGGGCACACAGGCACAUAA